AUGAGUGCUCGAGGCGGAAAAGGAGGUAAAUCUAAAACUGGAGGAAAAGCCAAGUCUCGUUCUUCGAGAGCUGGAUUGCAAUUCCCUGUUGGUAGACUUCAUAGAAUGCUUAGAAAGGGAAACUAUGCUCAUAGAGUAGGAGGAGGUGCCCCAGUGUAUCUCGCUGCUGUAUUAGAAUAUUUGGCUGCUGAAGUUUUGGAGUUAGCCGGAAAUGCUGCUCGUGAUAAUAAGAAAUCUAGAAUCAACCCUAGACAUUUACAGCUGGCUGUUAGAAAUGACGAAGAACUGAACAAGUUACUUAGUGGUGUUACUAUUGCUCAAGGAGGAGUACUACCGAAUAUCAAUUCCACACUUUUACCCAAGAAAGUGUCAAGCGACGAAUAG